GCAGGCACAUGCUGUCUUAUUCUACCAUUUCGAGGGAGGUAUUGGUGAGGCGUGGUGUAUUGUCAAACCCCGCGGGGAGGGAUUAAGAGAAAGGUAACCGGGCGAGACGAGAGCGUUCGUAUCUGCAGAGACACCAUACUCGUGUACCUUUGUUUGACCCGAGGACCCAUUUGCGUCAUUCGGACGGAGUGAACUCUCAUCAACAUUAUCGUCGGAAGGUUGCAUGUACACAGCCAUAUAAAAAUUCUGGUUCCUGUUCGGAAUGGCACCACAGUGGUGCUCUGUGCCCCUCAGAGAGGGUUGGACCGCUGAGAGUCACGGAAAGCAACGACCGAUUAAGCCCGUUUUACUUCGCUCGGACACCAUGGAGACGUUACAGAAAGCCGCUCGAACCCGUUUUGUUCCCGGUCGUCCGAAUAGUUGGAGAUGGAGUAAAUUACUACCGUACCUGGCCGCUGCGUUGUUCGCGAGCGCGGGCUGCACCUGGCACCCUGACAGAACUGGUGUAGUGACCACUCUGGUUCUAGGUUCAGAGUUGCCAGCUGUAAACGCUGUAGACCAGACAACAGGUACUUUAGGAGACGCGCGGCACCACAACGACCGAACCCAAAUGGACCCGCUGGAGUCUAACGGCUCGCAAGCAGCAGGUGACAGCCCUCAACAAACCAUAUCGACGGCGAAGUCUACGCUGAUGAGCUUAGGUUCUCGUCAAGCGAGGUCGAAACAAAAUAAACACCAACAGACAUCUUCAAAAAACCUCUCAAGUUAUCAGAAAAGAAGUAUGCAAGAAGAGAAGGCGGCUCUACCACUCCGGAGUUAUGCGUAUGGGAACAUCCAUCAAACAGCGUACUACUUUGCAGACGUAGUAGUUGGUACUCCGGCGGUGCAGCGCCAAAGUCUCAUCCUCGACACUGGAUCUUCUGUGCUAGCGUUCCCUUGCACGUCAUGCAAGUCGUGCGGUAGACAUAUGGACCCUCCAUUCGACUGCUCUUCAAGCUCCACAUGCAAGAGUGUCCCGUGCAGUUCGACCUGCACUCACUGUGAUGCGAAACAGAAAAGGUGUGCAUACCGUGUGUCGUACAUGGAAGGCAGCAGUCUGCAAGGCUUUUGGCAUGAAGACCAGUUCCGGCUUCUGGCCCCACCUCGGACAGUGACAAGAAAUAAUCAGUCGUUUUAUGAUAUCAAGAGUCAACUUCUUCAGGCUCAACGAAAGGUGCAUUCUUCAGACGACUCUGGACCUUCAUCACUCCUAACCCAGCCCGUCAGAACAAAUUUUGGUUGUCACGUACAGGAAACAGAACUGUUUGUCGACCAGAAGGCAAGCGGAAUUUGGGGGCUAGAAAUAUGGAGUCAAUUCGGCCCGGAAACGUACAUGACGCGUACUUUGUUGAGUUCAACUAAAGGGAGUAGGGCUGUUACCCCCGCAUCCCUCCCAGACGGAGCGACCUCCUUUGCCCUCUGUCUUGCGGAGCAUGGCGGCGCUUUUUCCAUAGGAGACGCUAAUGGAGAGCUGCACACUUCAGAUACAGUAACGACGAACUUUAUUCCACAUCAAGAGUCCUAUUCAGCAUACCUCUCCGGUAUCAGCGUUGGUGAUAAGAUUAUAUCUCUCGGCAACAGUAGUGAUGAGAGAACCGAUCCAAGCAAUGUGCCUCAGACUCUGCGAGGGAGCGCUCUUCAGAGUAGCAGUCCAGCCCGAAAUGAGCGGCCUAAUCCUCCACAUCACACGCCGCAUCCGUCGACUAAAUUUGAGGUGCUGCUUGACUCGGGUACCACGAUGAGCUAUUUCCCCACAAGAAUUUAUGACGAAAUAGUAAGCGCUAUCGAAGAGUUCGCAGAACUAAAGGGUGGCCGUCGAACUGGGAAUGAUCGAAGACGACUAGCAGGUGCCGGGGAGAAACUAACAGCAGCGAUCAAGGAGGCUCGUGGAAAUAACAGCCCUACCAGAGGAAAACUUAUCAGACUACUUGGCCGGGAAGAACACGAUUCAGGUUCUGAAUUUGCUCCGAACUCCAUAGUGACGGCACAGCAACGAGCCACGGCGCGAAACCUAGCGGCCACAACACCGUUGGGCGUUGAACAAGAAACACUUUCAACUGGUACGGAAGACUUUUCCGAGAUUGCUUCGGCUUGGAGUGCUGAGCAAGACGACGAGCUUAUCAUAAACUUCGUGGACAGGUUAACUACUGAUAAGAGUAAUGUCGAAACUAGUGGCACGAUAAAUGCAGAAGGUAUCAGGCGAGCCGCCCCAGGUGAAAUCAGCAUUUCUAACCCGCAGCGCCGACGUCAGGAGCGCCCCACUCCCAGUUUAGCAAAGAUCCCAGCAACAAGCGAAGCUACGCAGCAUAUUGACAACUCAACGUCAGCAUCUGCAGCAGGGGGACAAGACUCGAAGACACCGCGCCACAACAAGCAUCUCGCUCCUGGUCGCGAUCGGAGACAGCAGCGUCGUCAGGCGAGGCGCGUGGAGCUGGGAGAGGAGGUGAGAGACAGCGAAGCUGAAGCGAUUGGCGACAUUAUCACCACACUAAGCGUAGACGACGAAGUCGCGUAUGAGCUGUUGCCGCCCUCAGCUUCACCGAGACAGAGUCAGGCGGUCAAGGUGGAAAGCACAGCUGGUGAACUUUGUUUCUAUCUGCCCAAGGGUCGGGCCGACCUGUCCUACUUCCCAGAUAUCUGGCUGCACUUUGUUCCACCCCAUCAGAAUGGUGGGGCGGCAAGUCCUCUCCGAAGGGAUGACACAACAGUGCAAGAUGCCCGAGAUAACGAAGUCAGCGUAAAUAAGAAAGCAGGUUCGGGGUGGGUGCGCUGGCAACCCGCAAGCUACUUGUACACGAAAGGAAACGAGCAUUAUCGAUGCGUGGCGAUGAGUGACGAUCCUAGAGCCGACAGUUCCGGCGUCUUGGGCAGCAGCUUUUUCAUCGGUCAUGAUCUCAUCUUCGAUGUUCGACAUGAAAUGAUUGGUAUCGCCGAGGCAAGUUGUCCAGGGAUCAAACUUAAAGAUCGGCCCAAGGACCUGCCCAUGUAAGUCAGUUAACGGCUGUGCCAAGAGGAUCAUCUUCUCGUCCCAAACAGAAAUACGAACGCAGAGAAAAGAUGCUUAUCUUCAGAGGGCGAAACUUCUGUUUUCUCUACUAACCACUUUCAGUGUAUUUUCACUUGCUGAUACAUCAUCAGGGUGCGCAUUUAUCAGGCUCGCAGCGAAACAAGGGUCGCUCAACCAGUGGCGACCCUCUUAAAAAAAUCCCCAAAAAUCAGAUGCAGUAAAGAACUGCCGUUGCUUUUCAUGGCCUGCAGUUUCCAGUUGAUUUCCAAUCGCAGGGUGGUGAUGGAAGCAGUUGAAAAAUUGGUCAGAUCCUGUGUGAUACUUGUCACACAAAAGGUUCGUAUAGGUGUGGUAAAAGCGUCGCGUCUACAACGGUCACCAUGGUUCGAUUGUCAGAAUAGCAAGAAACAACGAUCGCGAUAGAUAUCGCGAUUAAUUCACUUUCAUGUUUC